AUGUCAAAAGUGGAUGACCUUGUGCCUCCGGUAUAUUCUCUAACAGUUCUCGGCGCAACAGACAACAGGAGCAAUGAGAUGCAAAAGAGCUGGGGACUUCAAGAGUCCCAUUGGAAGACCCCGCUUGUGAAUGAUACUAACUGUGUCCGAACUUUGGUUUCAGCUGACAUGAUUGUGAACCUAGUCAUCCAGAGAGCUGAGAUAUGCUCCUUGAAGUACUUUCCGAACAACCUAGUAGAAAUGGCCGUAUCUAUGAAGAGACUUACACUGGACAUAAUGUCCGCUUCGACGUCACAAAGAAAUGAUGGUGGUUUGCGGGCGUCUUACAAUAUCUCGCUACUUAUAGCAAAAUCCGGAAAACCGCAUACUAUCGGAGAGAAGUUAAUUUUGCCAGCCGUUGAAGAGGUUUUAAAAACUGUUUUACACAAACCUGCAUCUGAUAUCCUUAAAAGAAUUCCCUUAAGCAACAAUACUGUUGAAAGACGUAUUGAUGAAAUGAGUUCUGAUAUUGAAAGCUUCUUAUGUAAUUAUUUGCAAACGACCCAUUUCUCUAUACAACUGGACGAGUCAACUUUACCUGAUAAUGCAGCAUUAUUAUUGGCAUAUGUUCGUUUUAUUAUGAAUCAAGAAAUCUACGAAGAACUGCUCUUCGUAAGAACUUUGAUAACCGACACUAAAGGUGAAUCAAUAUUUCAUGUUUUGAAGGAUUACUUCAUUGAAAAAGCAAUUCCUUUAUCAAAUAUAAUAUCAGUAGCUACAGAUGGAGCACCUGCCAUGGUGCAGUCUCUACAGAAACAUACAGACGGAGGAUCCUGUUCGCACGAGUCAGCUAACUCGCAUAAGACAUUCUACAUAGAUUUAUUAGCCAAAUCGCUAGGAAAUGUACCUGUUGAGACUGCUUCAACUAUUCUGUACAACUACGAAGAUGAUAAAUUGUGA